AUGUACGAGAUGUUUGCUUUGUUGCACAGCAGUAGAAUUGGUAGUUUUUAUGCAAACCACCUGGAGCUGCUCUUGUCUAACCGUUCGUCUGUUUUUACUACUCCUGAUUUUUCCCUAGACUGGAGCACGGUGGGCUAUCAAAUGUGUAGCGCGUACAGCCCAGGGACCAUUGGACGAAGUUACCUUACUGUAAAAGAUCCCCCUCCUAAGGAUUCUGUGUCGAUUCUGAUGAAAAAGAACUCCCGAUUUUCUGAUCGUACACGCUCAAGGGAUAUGUCGAAGGGCACGCAGGAUUCUCAGUACGUUCUGAAGGUGGUUAAUUUUGUGCUUCGGAAGGAGGUUAUGGAUGCUGUUAUUUCAGAGCAGCAGUUUUUAAAAAAUACGUCCUGUGAAAACAUUCUCGGGAUAGUUGAUGUGUUGGGUGAUGACUACAAAGAGAAUGUAAUCAUUGUGACGGAGUUUUGUCCGAGUGGAAACGUGUCCUCCUACGCGGGGAAGCUAGAUGCGUGUCCCGAUAAGCUUCUCCGAAUUAUCAACGAUAUCGCUCUUGGGCUGCGUUUUUUGAACUUCAACAACAUUCAUCAUCAUAAUUUGAAGCUCGAAAAUGUGUUGGAGAUGCCCAAUAAUCGGUUUUGUAUAGCCGAUGCCGGGUUCGCGUCCUUCUUCACCACCCAAUCCCCAGAGGCGCUUGUAUUUAACGGUGAGUUGGGGUGCCUCGCGCCUGAGGUAUUCAAUGAAAAUGGCCCGUACGCGGAUGAUACAGUGUAUUUGUCGAGUCUUUCUGUAGGCAAGAUCGAUACUUGGGGGUUUGGGGUGUUCCUGUACUGCCUUGCGUAUGGGAAAAAGCCGUUUUCUAUUACAGAAUGCGACUACAACGCAGCGAAGCAAUGUCUUCUGACGACCGACCCUUGCUUUCCCACGAAGCCCUGGCCCUUUGAGGCGGACCUCUCCAAGGUCAUUUCACUAUGCCUCACGAAGGACGCGGCGAACCGACCAGACAUCGAGGAGCUACUUCGCAUGCCCUUCUUUACCGAUUACAAAUUUAGCUCCGGGGUGCAGGAUAUUUCGCCAUUAAUCAGGGGAACCCCUUCAUUUAACCGAUUUCACAGCGAGGCCAUGCUGACGGGGUUUUCCAGCAUGCACAGCACCACCCAUCUUUAUCAAAAGAGUGGGUACACGGUGGAUCGAGUUCUUGGCCGAGGUACUCAGUCUGAGGCUUUUCUUGUUCAUCUACGAAGAAAUGCGACAAAGCAUUUCACCUUGAAAGCAAUCUUCAGAUCCAUUCACAAGCUUCUCCAAGAGGAUAUGGACGAGGCUGGCAGAGAGCCGAUCUUGAAGCAGCUAGCGUCGUGUCAAAAAAUCACCCAUCCUAACCUUGUUCAGUAUCUUAGCAUCAUUGACAACAAGAAAGGCAGCUGCUUUGUCAUUCAGGAAUACAUUGAGGGGGAUCCCCUGAGCGCCAUAUUUUCCGCUAGUAAUUCUGGGUUUAAUUUCCGUAACCAACAGACUCGUCUAAGUUUUAAUGCCGGUCAUGAUGCGUCCAACGACACGGGGAUCACCAUGGCAAGACUACGAAACCUUCUUUCAGACGUUUUGUGUGGCGUUGUGUGUCUUCAUGACAAUGGUAUUCCACAUCUAAGCUUGCGUCCCUCGAACAUUCUCUAUGAUAUGGAGUCGGAAAAAUUCAAGUUAACCGAUUAUGGCCCGCUAUUCCUCACCUUGGACGAGAACUUAAAGAACGCUGUACAAAACAAGCCGUUCUAUCGCCUUCCAUCCUGGAUUUUGAAAUCAAAGCCGGAUGAUGCAUUUAUGGUGGAUACUUUCUGUGUUGGUCUUCUUGCUGCGUCGAUCGUGCCCAAGGUGUUCACCGAGGCGUGGCCUCAGCUAUACUGUGCUAAAGGAGAGAUACCUCUCUCAGUCGACAGCGUUCUGAAAGCGGUUUCCUCGUCCGACAAGCCCCUUCAGACGAAUCUCAUUAAUUUUAUUCAUACCGCGCUGUGCGAUCGCAUGACUGCGAGGCAGCUUCUGCAGCACCCUUACUUUGAGGGCGAGUUUGACAAGUUUUUGAGUGAGCCCCAGAAGGUGGAACUCUCCUCGGAAGAUCUUUCACGAGCCAUUCUUUCGAAGCCAGAGGAACGCGAUGAGCCUCGCAUCCUUGAGGCCCUUGGGUGGGUUUCAUUCUUGUCAAGUCCCGUCCCCAGUGCUAUUGUCGCGGAUACAGGUGAGCUGUCGUUGAGCAAUGACAAACCGAUUAUUGUCAACUUUAGGAGCUCUGGACUUCAAUGCACGUUAUGUCAGGCAAAGAUUUCCCUCGCGCUGUACCGUUGCCCUCAGUGUGAAGACUGCAUCCGGUGCGGAAAGUGCGCCGUAAACGACAAUCAUAAGCCCGGCCACCAGCUCAUGCCCUUCCUCGUAAAUAUUACUGAGCACAAAAAGGACGGUAGCGGCAGCGCCCUGCUCUGUCAUCCUUGCUCGAUUCUCGAUGUGCAUGCGCUGGAGAUGAUUGAGAUGCAGGCGAACUUCCCUGUCGGGGCGCUUUCAAAAAUGGCAAACAGCAAGCGAUUCUUGGAGCGAUCUCUGGUGCAUAGUAUGGCCUUCAACCCCCCUAACACUAAUGCGAAUGUCUCUAGUCGUCAUAUACUAGAUACCAGCUACGCGACUUUUCUCCAGGAUUCAGCCGAGGAUAGCUCCUCCAGCGCUAGCAUCCACGCUUCUUCCUUCUCGAAAAGGUUUUCGUCAAUCUUCUCUUCCGACUUUCAAGGGACUAUGUUGCAAAACUCUCAAUGCUCACCCUUUUUCCUAAACCCGCGGUCCUCCUUUAAGGAGACUGUUAUUGGCUCUGGUAACCUUAGGAAAGGUCGAAGUCUGAGGCUAAAUUCCCACAACACACAGAGCAGCUUGGAGAAAAACAUUUCGCAUACGAAGGGUGAUGUCAAAGUGAUCACUCUACCUAAGGCGCAAGAUGUGGAAGACAUCACGUGGCAAGAGGAGCUCGAGCGCUGUCGUAGAACAAGCCAAACCGAUCUCCUGCUGUUUAAUUACGCCUUCACAGAAGUGCCGGCUGAGGUGUUCAUGCCGCCGCCCUCACAUGUGGUGUAUUUGGAUUUAUCGCAAAACGCUUUAACGUCUCUUCCGGACGAGUUGAGCUGCAUGGUACACUUACGUAAGCUUUUGGUUUCUUAUAACAAGCUUACAGCCCUGCCAGACACGAUUGGAAAUCUCACCGAGUUGGAGUUAAUUGAUGCGAGUCAUAACACCAUUGAGUAUCUGCCCGAUACCUUUUCUUCACUGGUCAACCUGCAAUCUGUUGCGAUGGAUUACAACAACUUUAGUGAGAUACCACGUUGUAUGUUGUGCAUCCAACCGCCCAAGGCUAGAUCUGGGCAGUAUUGGCAACAGGGUCCUUUAGCAUCGGUGGCAUCCCCUGUCCUUACCAAUUUAGGGAACUCCGAUUCGCCAGAGCUCAAGGUUCUUUACCUAGCUGCGAACGACCGCAUCACCACGUGGCCGGAGAUUGAUAAGUUUAGACGCUUUGAGGCGCUCACAAUCGCCUUGGAUAAUGAGCCCGCCCUCUACCGUUCUUACCUAACGCAAGGCUUGGAAAGUGAGCUCCCGAACAUUACCAUCAACUGGAAUAAGAUUUACCCCGAUGAGAUUAUUCCUCAUCUCUAUUGUGGGAGUCUUCGUUCGGCUCAGUCGCAGAUGGUUUACCGCAAGUUAGACAUUUCCUACGUGUUGACGAUUGGCCGCGGGUUGAUGCCGGUGCCCCCUGACGGUGGAAGCCACAAAGUCAUCGUUGUGGAUGAUAUUCCAGGUGCUGAUAUUUCCUACUCCUUUCAAGAAGCCGCUGAAUUUAUCAACGAAAGUCAGGCGAAAGGAAAGGGCUGCUUGGUUCACUGCUUUGCGGGUCUCUCCCGCUCGGCGACGAUAGUGAUUGCGUAUCUCAUGUCCGAGAAAAAGAUGCGGAUGGACGAGGCUUAUAUGUUGACGAAAAAAGGAAGACCAGCGAUUUUCCCUAAUAAGGGUUUCUUUGAACAGCUAAUUGAGCUUGACAAGAGACUCUAUCCAAAUGCAAAACGCCCGCUCAAUAUAGAGCAGCUAGAGCGCUCCCCAGAAUCUUAG